AUGGCGGACAGUGGUAGCGAAAAGGACAUACUGUCGAAUCUGAACAAAGACUUCAAAAAAUCCAAAGCGGAACAAAUAUUACGGUUGUUAAAAGACCAAGAGUGUUUGAAUCAAAAGUUUAAGGAAUUUGCGCUGGAGUCAGACGACUCGGAUGUAAAAACGGACGACGAAACUGGAAAUCUGACAGAGAGUGAUGAAUCUAUUGAAGAAACGGAACGAAAACUGGCCGAGACUAUCUCUUUAAGACGACACAGUGGAGUGCGAUGUAAAACUUCAAUGGGGUUCUAUAAUGAUAUUGAGUGCGAUGACGACAGUGGAAUAGCAAGUCGAGAUCCGUCUGCAAAUCCAAUACACCAACAUCAACGAUCUUCUAAAUCUAAUCCACGAAGACGAAUGUAUACCCCACGAGAAGAUAAACUGGACCUGAGUGACACGGAGCCAGACGAGCAGGUUAUUGAAUCUGCGCGUGCUCCCUCCAGAUCGAAAGGCGGCUAUGGAAUAAGAUACGAGCUCUCGCUACUCAAAGCGACACAAGACCCUGAGCCCCCGAACCCUAUAGUUAAUGAUUCUUACAUCCGGCGUCGACCACGACUGUCAUCAGCUAAAAUUGAACCAUUAGGUCGGAAAACUCCUAUUAGAAGUUUUUGUGAAGGUCGUGAAGGACUGGAAGAUGUUACUUACAAAACUUAUUCCCCUUUACCUCCCCGGAGUUUCACUCCACAAACAUUUACCCCAAUAGGCGCUGUGUCUUCAUCCGAAUUGCACCCGUCACGACUUCUGAAUCGUAGCAGCACUCUUGUGGAUCGUGGAUUGAGAUCUGGAUGUUACGUUCCUAAAUCCCGACCAUUUACCCCCACAGAGGCGGCUUUACACGACACCAGAGCCUCGCCCGUAACACGACCCAGGCGAAAAUUACCAGAUAUAGCAAAAGCUAAAGCAUUGACAGUGAUGAAAUUACCUCCAUUAGAGUCUAAUAAAUCUUUGAGCGGACGUGAAUUUAUAGUUGUAUUAUAA